UGGCAAGAGUGCGUCCGUUGACGUUUCACAAACUCAACUUGACGUUUCUUAAAUUUCCAUAUUUAUUUCAUCACUUUCUGCUUUUUGUGAUAUUGUUCUGUUGACUGUAAUACUAUAAACAUUACAAUGAAAUUUGUUGUUCUACCCUUUGUAGUGGUUUUCAUCUUUAGUUUAAGCAAAGGAACCGCAAAUGAUCCGGAGAUAAAUAUUAAUAACACUACUUAUCCUUCAGAACCUAUAACUGAAGUUGGUACUACUGAGCCAUAUCCAACAAGUCCAGGCAAUGAUACAACAACUUCUACUCCUACUACAACUACAUCACAAACAACAAAAACAACAAAGACAACAGCAACAACGACAGCAACAACCACAACCACCAGUAAGCCAACAACUAAAACCACUCUUCCUACAUCUCCAUCACCGACAACAAAAACAACUGUAUCAACCACUACGGCAACGCCGGCACCAAAGACUACUGCAGCUCCUCCGCCACCGAACAACAGGAAAUUCGAUGGUCCCAGUUUCGUUGGCGGAAUUGUUUUGGCCCUUGGUCUUGUUGCUAUUGGUUUCGUCGCAUUUAAAUUCUACAAAGCUCGUACCGAACUCAAUUAUCACACGUUGUAAUGUUUCCGUGAAUGUGUUGAGAAUUAACAGUUACCAAUACCAGUUUUUUUUUGUUUAAUGAGAAAUAUAUUCUAUCGAAUUCUCAACACAACGGUGAGAAUGACAUCAGGACAUCCAAGGGAUUGAAUAAGUUCGUUCCGAUUAUCUGAUAACGGACAUAUUCUCUCCCUUGGUUUUCCGAUCUCAUGUUGGUGUACCAAAUGGCAGUUUGUACAAAUCUCGAUUUAUAUGUUUGUGAUAUUUUUGAAACGUUUUAAUAAAUGAAGGCUAUGUGGAUACUAAUAUAAGGCAUCUUUGUAUAUAUGUAAGUACUCGGCUUGAAUUGGUAGCCCCCAUUUAUUAAAACUGUCUUAACUUUCCUUCUUGAAACCAAAUAUAGCUAUCUAUGUUAUCGCUUUUAAUUUAUUGUUCACGUUUUUUUUGUUUCUUUUAGCAACACGAUAUUGCACCGGCUCAUUAUAAUAUUGAAAUUACUCUAUGGUGUGUUUAAAUUAUGAAUGACUUAUUCGAAUAUAUAUCUCAAUUAUACUCUGUCCGCAAGAAGUGCUCUUAAUAGAGUAGUUUGUAAAUUAUUCGAUUUUGUGAGGGUUUACUAGUCUAGAAUAAUUUUAUUGAAGGUGUUCUUUAUAAGAUUACUAUUUUUGCAAAGACCCACAUUUAUUUACUUUAUAGAUAUACAUUUAGAUCUGUUGGAAUAGCUGUAGGAGGCCCACUAUAUUUAAUUCAACUAAUCGGUUAUUUAAAUUUUAUUUAGAAGCUAGAAUGUGCUCUGGUUACAUAUUUUAAAAUAAAUAUUUGAAAAAACAACAAA